AUGGCUUCAGUGACCUCGUUGGACAAAGACCUGCGCAACAUGCGCUUGUCCCGCUAUACUCCGCAGGCGGCCGCGGAAGUGCGCGACUGGAUUGAGGAGAUGCUGCAGGAGAAGCUGCCGUCGCCAGACUUGCUGGAGGGCCUCAAGAGUGGAAUUGCUCUUUGCAAGUUGGUAAAUCUCGCCGUGUCACCAGGCGUGAAGUUCAAGCAGUUGUCCGCGCCCUUUGUACAGAUGGAGAACAUCUCCCACUUCUUGCGCGCAUGCCAGAUGCCUCCACUCAGCCUCCCCCCACAUGACGUUUUCCUGACAGUCGAUCUAUACGAGGCCAAAGACCCCGCGCAAGUUCUCCAGUGCCUGGCGGCUUUCAGUCGACGAGCCAACGCGAUUGCGCCGAAUAAGUUCCCGCGCACCGUCGGCCCGCAAAGUAAGCGCGGUGUUAUCAGCCCGGAUGCGACAGGGUCUUCGAGUGGAGGAUACACACCCCGGUCAGCCCGUUCUUCAAGCAAUGUCGGCGACGCGGGCCCGCCUCUGCCAGCCCGAGCAGACAGUCCCGCGAAGCCUUCUGGAUCAUACAGCUCUUGGACCAAGCGGGGAGAUGAGCAUGGGACUACACCGGCAUGGAACAUUCAUCAGUAUGGCUACAUGGGCGGCGCCAGCCAAGGCAACCAAGGCGUCGCAUUUGGCGCGCGCCGACAAAUCACCACCCCCGGACCCGCGGUUCCUAGCCUUGCGGAGAAAGAGAAGCGCAGACGCGAGGAUGAGGAGAGGAUGCGCCACGAGAAUGCAGAGAAAGAAGCAGCAGACCGCGCACGCCAACAGCAGAUCCAGGAAGAAGAGGCUCGGGCUAAAGCAGAAGAGGAGCGCCGAUGGGAAGAGGAGACUUCUCGUGCAAGGGAAUCGGAACGCCUCAAGAUGGAGGCAGAGAGAAAGAAAUGGGACGAGGAAAAGCGUCAAUGGGAAGCAGAGGAACAACGACGUGUAGCAGAAGAGAAGGAAGCCGAGGAGCGGUUUGAAAAGGAGCGCCAGCAAAGACGAAGCCUCAACGACAAUCGCCUUAAUGGCCAGUUCCUGAGUCAAUACCAGGCCUCCAACUCCCAGACCAACGAAGUGCCCAGUGGAGCGAGAUCGCCCGAGGAAACCCCUGAAAGCCGCCGCAUCCAAGAGCUCGAGCGCGAGCUACAGCAAGCGAAGGAGCGUGAGCGCGCCUACGAGACCGAGCGUCUUCAACCUCGCAACACAGGGGAACAGGCCGAGCCUCGUAGUCGAAGCCGCCCUCGUCCCGUGCCCCCCAAGCCAAGCUACGAUCUGUCUUCCCUCGAACAAGAACGACGACUCCUGCGCACAGAAUGGCAAAACACUCAAGAUAUGCCAAUUACCUCGGAAGAGCCCGAACCUGUCCAAGAGCAAGCUCCACCUCCACCUCCUCGCCCACUCCCCGAGCCGAAGCCAUCUGCAUUCUCUGCAAAGCCGACUCUCCCACUCAGGGAGCUCCCCCAGCCUCCUCGACCCUUGCCAGACCCCGUAGCAUACCACGCCAAGCGGAACAGCGAGAACCGCGUGGACAACUUCCUCUCCUCCAACCCGGCACCUGCAGCCCCGGCCCCAGCGACCCACCGAUUCCAGGACUACACAACCACGUCCGAAGUCGAUGCCGAGAACCAGCGCCGGGAAGCAUCGCAGCAGAAGACCAAGGCCGGCGGCUGGGCAUCCAAGUCCCUCUUGGAGCGCGAGAUGGAACGUGAGCGUGCCCGCCAAGAGGAGUGGGAAGAGAACCAGAAGCAAACAGCUGCCGCGGCUGAACGAGGUGCCAAGGAUCCUUCUCACGGUUCGGGCCCCGGUCAAUCCUGGGAUGUUCAUCAGUAUGGCUACAUGGGUGGCGAUAACCAGAAUCGCGGUGGCAUGGGCCUCGGUGUUGGUGGUGCUCGACGCCAGAUCAUUGGGCCUCGACCACCUCCAUGA